CCCCCACCUCCUUCACUCAUUUCCAGUGCGCGACAUGGCCUCUCAGCAAUCCCUGCCGCCGCCGCCGCCGCCUCCGAAGAAGAAGAAAUCCCCGCCACCCGCUCCCACCACCAUAUGCGCCCUCGGCGACGACCUUCUGCGCGAGGUAUUCCUCUGCCUCCCCUCCCUCCCGAGCCUCGUCCGCGCCUCCCUCACCUGCACUCCCUUCCUCCGCGCCGUCCGCUCCUCGCCCGCAUUCCGCCGCCGGUUCCGCGACCUCCACCCACCCCAGCUCCUAGGAAUCUUCCUCAACAUCCACGACCCCGCCUUGCCAGCCUUCGCGCCCACCCGCCGCCGCUCCGACGUGGACCACGCCGCCGCCAUCUGCGGCGCCGAUGUCUUUUUUACUCUACUCCCUGAAGACGAUAAGGACUUCGAUCCGGAGUGGACAAUAGAAGACUGCCGCGAUGGAUAUGUCAUUCUCGUCAACUGGCAAAUCAAGAAAAUGGCCGUCUACGAUCCCCUCACACGGGCUCUGGAUCUCUUCGCCGUGCCACCGGAGGAGGUCUGCAGCAACAUGUACGUCGAGUUCCACAUGCUCGCCUCUGAAUGCCACAGGCAGUUCCGCAUUGUCUCUGUCGCUCAUGAAAGGCGGGGGGCGCAAGCUGCCGUGCUCUCAUCUCUCAUCAGAUACCAGAGAGUGGCAGGUUUUCCCGUUUUCGGAGGAUGCCAGCCCGCCGGACGAUGGUUUGGGUGGUACAAUGGUGAAUGGGUCUGUUUAUUGGACAUUUGCAAGCGGAUCCAAUAUCCGUGUGCUGAACGCUGCCACACUGCGAUUCUCGGAAAUCAAUCCGCCGCUGCAUAUGGAAGGACAAGGGGAAUUUAAGCCUGGUGAGACCAAGGAUGGGAAGCUCUGUUUGGUCUGUGCGGUUAAGCUCACGCUUGUUGUUUGGAUCUGGAGACCCGACGAUGACGGUGUUGAUAGAUGGAUCCUGGACAAGACAAUUUCGCUGCAGGAUGGUCUGGGUGGUGAUGUUGCUCUCAAUAUUGUGGCGAUUAUCAGUGGCUUUGUGUAUUUUUCUACUUUUUCUGAGAUGAAUCAGGAUUCUUGCUUGUUCAUGUCCUACUGCCUUGAAACAGAAAAGCUGAAUAAGCUCUGCCCUGUCACUCACUCUUACCAUUCAUAUCCCUACAUCAUGGGGUUCCCUCCUUCAUUGGUAUGCAAUAAGGUGAACCCUCAAUCUGAAGAGGCUUGACUAGGCCGAAGAAGAAAACUGGACCAGAGAAUGUUACUUUCUCGCUAGAGUAAAUCAAGAUGCCCCGUUGUUGUUGGGAAUUGUUAGUUAUUUGUGUAACCCCAUGAUAUAUCGUUGUAGCUGACAUGAUAUUGUUUUUGUAACUAGAAAGUAGCUGAAGCUUACUUCUAUGCUUGGAAGAAGUAUUCUAUGGGGAUUAACAAUGUUUCCAUAAUGCCAAAUGGGAACUCAGAUGGUUCUCAGUUACUUAAUUAGCUCUUUGUCCUUUGUAGAAAAAUGCUAAUAAUGUAAAUGUGAAGCAACGUGUUGACCUAA